AUGCAUUAUCGCCUUCAUACUGGUCUCUUCGGUCGAAGAACGUUACAGCUCAACGCCAAAGGUCACAGGGGCAGCCCACUGUCAUUUUCUCAGCCUUCGUACAGCCUGAUAACGACACGCAGAGCCAGUGGUACCAAUUCACGCAAUUCACGCAACCCAUGGCUGGCCACUUCGACUGGGAUCCUUGUCAUAGCUGCGGGAUCGUAUGCAGCCUACGAAAAUUACCAGCCAUUUAGGCACUCUAUACUAGCGGCCGUACGGUGCUGGAGGGUCGCGGUUGCAGCGGUGCUCGGUGCCAUUGACUACAAGGCCACCUUUGCGAAGGCCUACGAAUCAGAAGAUGUACGUCUUCAGGCAUACUCUGAAUGCCAUACGCGUAGUGCCAAUAGGGUUCUGAAGGCAUUGCUGGCCAACGGAGGAAUAUUUAUCAAGCUCGGACAACAUAUGUCUUCCUUAUUUGUGCUGCCGAGUGAAUGGACCAGUACAAUGAGGCCACUUCAGGACCAAUGCGAACCAACACCCUACGAGCAUGUCGAAGCAUUAUUUGUGUCCGACAUGGGUCUACCUAUAUCCGAACUCUUCGAGGAAUUCGAUCCCGAACCAAUUGGAGUUGCGAGUUUAGCUCAAGUCCAUGUUGCGCGUCUCAGAGAUUCUGGCAAACAAGUUGCCGUCAAACUUCAGCAUCCCCAUCUCGCCGAGUUCUGUGACAUAGACAUGGAGAUGGUAGAAGUCGCUCUCGGUUGGAUCAAGCAUUGGUUCCCUGAUUUUGAGUUCACAUGGCUAGCGGAAGAGAUGCGAACUAACCUACCCAAAGAAAUGGAUUUCACGCACGAAGCUAAUAAUGCGGCCCGCACCACACGAGAAUUUCAAGAUAUCACCACAUCUCUCUAUAUACCCUCGGUUCUUACCAGCACAAAACGUGUUCUGAUUAUGGAAUACAUUAAGGGCGGGCGAGUAGACGAUCUGGUUUAUUUGGCUGAUAGCAAUAUCGACCGAAAUAAAGUUGCUUUGGAGCUAUCUAGAAUAUUUAACCAGAUGGUCUUCAUAAACGGUUGGUUCCACGCGGAUCCUCACCCUGGUAACCUUCUGAUACGGCCCGCGCCCAUGGGGUCAAAAUCUCCCUACAACUUUGAAAUAGUUCUUCUUGAUCACGGGCUGUAUUUCGACCUGGAUACAGAGCUGCGCGUCAACUACAGCAAGUUCUGGUUGUCGCUCAUCGCACCUGCUUCGCCAUCUACAUCAGCUGACCGGAGGAAGUAUGCUGAGUUGGUAGGAAACAUCGGACCUGAUCUGUAUCCCGUCUUCGAGGCUGCAAUUACCGGACGCGCGGCGCUAGAAGGGACUUGGGAAGACGACAUGGGUAGCCCUUCAGAAUCUGAAAACCCACCGUCGACAUUCAAGCGUGCUUCUGGCAUGAUUGAUAUGAUGCCCCAGACUGAGGAAGAGAUGGAAGCCAUUAGGAACGCCGUCAUUAACCGCGAAGGAUUAUUGGUGUCCGUCUUUGAUGUCUUGAGGCGAGUUCCUAGGCGAGUUCUCAUGGUAUUGAAGUUGAAUGACUUAACGAGGCAUCUUGAUCAUGCUCUCAUGACGACUCAUUCCAAUAUCCGCAUAUUCUUAAUAACAGCCAAGUACUGUACCUUCGCAGUCUGGCAAAAUGACAAGAGGAGGCUGAUCGAUCUCAUGAGAGACCAAGGUCUUAUAUCGUUAAGCCUCUUAUCGGAAUAUUUCACCAGUUGGUGGCGGUUCAAGAAAAACUACUAUGGCAUAGUGUUUGUGGAGACAAUCAUGGAUGCCCAAGCUCGUUUGGCUUUACUACGCGCCUGGACACAGGGACUCUGGUCAAUGGGGUUCGAGGGAGCGCAUAAAGCUGCUGCGGGACUUGCAUGA